AAGAGAGAUGAGAGGGGAGAGAGAGGUGGCAUGAAGCCAACAGCGAGGACAGGGGAAAAGUUGUGAGAUAGCCGGACGACGAGCAGGGAGAGGAUUCAGCUUCACCGGGGCUCUCCUGCUGUCUCUCUGUCUCUGUCUUCCUCCUUGUCUCCCCCCUCUCUCCUCUCUAAUUGUCUCUCAUCCUGCCUGGCGCUGCAAUGUGGCUGUCUCUGCAGUGAAAGUGCUGGCUGGCAGAGUCUCCUUGAGUGAACCCUGACUGUGCGCAGUGAGCGUUUGCUGCUCUGCCUGUCCACACUGACUCAGCUGAGCAGGCAGCCGGCAGGCCCCUGACUGAGCACCGGCUGCAGCAGAAGGAGUGCUGUUGGGACUCUGAGGCAGGCUGUAGCUGCAACACUGGGACCAUUCACUCAGAAAGCAGCUUCCAGGUUCAAUCCACUUGUACUGAAGGAUAUCAUACUAGCAAGCAGAGCCAGGCCUGGAUCCUGCAGCACCAUUUGUUCUGGAGCAGAUUUGGCUUCCAUGGAGGUCCGGUGGGUUGGGGUUGAACCCCAGAGGCUGGGCCCUCCAUACUCGACCACUGGCCUGAUCUUCUCUGUGCUGUUUGGCCUGUGGUCUGCUCAGGCCCUUGAAAUCAGGGUGGGGAAGAUUCCCUUUCUUGAGGCAGUGAACGGCAGCACAGUCAAGCUGCCUUGCUCAUACUACAGCUGUAUUGGCAUUGAAAACCUCUACUUUAACUGGCAGUUCAACAACAACGGCACCAUGGAAAAGGUGUGCGACUCGACCAUACGGGCAGAUGGCGUGGUGCCUGACGUGAAAAUAUAUCGAGAGCGGGUGGAGUUUGUGGGGAAUCCGAAGGACCCUGAAGACAACCUCUCCAUCUUGCUGCGAAACAUCACCUUCGAGGACGGAGGCAACUACACUUGUUUUGGACGCAAUCCCAAAGAGAAGUUCAAGAACCACAGCGCCAUUUUCCAUCUCAUUGUGGUGGAUGAGCUGAAGGUGGUGGACAACACGGUGACCAUCAUGAUCGCCUCAGCUGUGGGUGGAGCCAUCGCGCUGCUCAUGGGCUUCAUGUUGCUCAAGAACUUCACUCUCUUUGUACUUGCCAAGCUUGAGGAGAAAAAUAAGGAGUGCCUUGUUACUUCGUCAGGGAUCGACAACACAGAAAAUGGCCUCUCAGGAACCAAAGCUGAUUCAAAGCCGACACCAAAAAAGAAAUGAGACGAUGCAUGCAGAACGACAUGAGUACUCAUAUUUAUAUACAUUCUUUGCAUAUAUUUGUAUAUGCACAUGUGUUUGCACAUAUUCAGAUUCAUUACUUUCAAGCUGGGAUCUUAUUAACUCUGGCUGUGGCCUUGAAAGGGGGUUAUAGCCAUGUGCAUACAGUACGCAAUAUGUGCACUAUGCAGUAACUGUGCAGAUGAUAUACAACUUCAGACAGUGCAAAUCACGAGUGCAUACAUAAUUAUUUGAUUCAUUGUUUUCAUAUAGAUGCAUAAUUUACCAGAUGGGAUUAUUGCAUCUACCAGAGAUGUUUCAGGUUGACUUAUUUAGGACGUCCUAACAACAAUGAAGCCUGCUAACAGUUAAACAUUUAGACAUGUAAUGUUAGCAUAUGAUCUUACUUAAUGACUUGAGACAAGGUGGUACAGAAAGCAGACAUAUUAAAUUAUUAUUGCUAUUAUUCCCAAGUUGUCUCUAUGGAACUUGCAAUCCAUUAUAUAUACAAACUGCUUCUGGAACAAAAUGAAGGAAGCACAGAGACUGUAGUAACACAACAAGAGGACAGAAGACAUAUAUUCACCGCUUUUAUGGGUUCUGUAAGGAGUGUAGAUGUCAUUCAAUCUACUGGUGAAUAUUUGGUCAUUUUAAUCAGUACCUGUAUCAAAGUCAUCAUCUUAUAUCAGAUGUGGAGGAAGAAUUCAGAUCUUAAGUAAAAGUACUGCUGGUGCAGUGUAAAUGCUGUUACAAGUAAGUGCUGCAAAUUUAUGUUUCAUUGAAAUGGCAUAAGAAUGAGCUUCAAAAUUCAAUUUAAGCACCAGAAAUACUCAGCAUGCAGAAUGGCACAUUUGUAGUUUAUUGAUACAAUUAUGCGGUCAUCACGUUGAGCUUCACAGCUAGAAGGUUCAAAUCUGAUGGUCACUUUGGGCCUUUCUGUGUGACUUUGCAGGCUCUCCAACAGUACACAGACAUGCAUGGCAGGUUGUUAUGCUCUACAGAAUCAGCUGGCAAACUGAAUUGCUCUGGUAUGAACUGGCACCCUGUCCAGAAUGUACCUCACCUCUUGCCACAAAUGUCAGCUGACAUAGGCUUCAGCCUUCCACUGGAUAAAAGAGACAUAAUUAUUGGAUGGAUUUCAUAUUUCUAACCUAAAUCUGCAAAAAUACCUGCAUCUAAAGCUAUCAAAUAAAUGUAAUUAGGCAAAGCAUACACUGUUUGACUCUAGUAGAAGUAAAGUGAGGAGAUGAUUGAAAUAUUAAAGUACAAGUUACUUAAAAUAGUCCUUUAGUGUGGUCCUUGAGUAAAUGUACUUAGUAACUCAAGCAGUUAAACAAAAUGUACUUGUUCAACGUAAUUAACUUUAACUUAAUUGUUAACCUGUCAACACACUUUUCUCCGUUUUUGUGUUUGUACUUUGACCAUGAGGUUUUACUUUAAAUACACAAUAGAGACUCAAUUUUUUUUUUUUUAAAGUAGUGUAGUGCAGGUCCUAAUUGGUCAUGUCAGCCAUGAUUACUAAUGCAAGUGUAAGCCAAGUGAAUACAGACUUCUUUAUGAUCACUAAACAAGCUGAACAACUCUGUUUUUUUCUCAUUGGAUGAAAAACAAGUGAUGCGCACACUUUAUUAUAUUAUGGGGAUCAUUUAAUUUGCUUAUCCAUGUUAUUAUACAGGGCUGCAGAGUGGCUUGGUGGUUAGCAUUUUUGCCUUGAAGCUAGAGGAUAACUGGUUCACGUCCCCAUCUUCCCGAGAUCUUUCUGCAUGGAGUUUCCAUGUUCUCCCUGUGUAUGUCUGGGUUUUCUCCAGGUACUCCAGCUUCCUCCCACAGCCCAAAAACAUGCUGAUGUUAACUGGUGAUUCUAAACUGCCCGUAGGUGUCAAUGUGAGUGUGGUUGUUUGUCUCUAUGUGUAGCCCUGUUAUAGACUGGUGACCUGUCCAGGGUGUCUCCUGUCUUCACCCUAAGUCAGCUGGAAUAGACUCCAGCCUCCCUGCAACCCUAAUGAGAAUUAAACAGUGUAUAGAUAAUUGAUGGAUGUUCUUGUACAUGUAUAUGUGGGCUGAUCUCUCAAAGGACUCUCUAAAGUUGUAUAUCAUUAAGUACAGUUGUGCACUGUUUGUAACUGAUAUACUGAUAUGUUAAUUAAUGUCUGUUGCCACAGCCAGAGUACAAAAAAAGUCUUUGACUGUUUUCCAUCUGAAGUCAAAACUAAAAUACUUUUUUGUUUAAGUGCUUGAAACAGGGAAAAUAUAAUAUAAUUCUAGCUGGGCUGAACCCUCCUGUGACUAACAUCAAAUUCAUAAUAAGUAGUUCUAUGACAACGCUACCGGUCUAUUUGCAAUCAUUUAUUCUUCAAACGGCUGUACUAAACAAAUGGAGAUUUACUAACUCAGUAACCGCACUGACAGAUAAUCAUAGGAUUCAGCCCAGUUCUUCAUCCUGAACCUUCUCUUUGCUUGACAUAAAACACAGGUGCCUGUUCGUGCUUCUCUGCUCCUCUGUCAGUUAGGACAGCAACGUAUUGCAAAACAGUUUGUAAAACUCAGCAAACAGAAACAACACACCGAGCUUCUGAAGUGAAACAAUAGACAAUCCCCUGAAACAACCCCCUACCCCCUAGAAAAACAUGAAUGACCCUCAGAUGCUGCUGCUUUUAGGACAAAUAACUAAUGCAUUAUAAGCAUGUGCAACACGAGCCAGAUUUUAGACAUAAUGCUUGAAAACAGACACACUUUUUGGAAAUACGUGUUCUAAUAUACUAACGCUGGUAGCAUCAGCUCUGAGGUUAUCUGUAAAUCCCAUUUUAUGCCAUGCUAAUUUCACUGUGCUAACCCUAGCUAAGGCUAAGCACUAGUUUGGUGACCCUGGAUACUGUAUGCCUGGAUCAGACUUUACAUAUUAUCUUUGCUUCGUAUGUGCCUCUUCAUGGAAAUGGCUUUUUUCUCUUAAAAACUGAAAAACAUUCAUUUAAUUAGUGUUUAACUCUUCGCAAUAAAUAAUUCUCUGCUGCACUGCAGUGGAAACGAUGAACCUGGUUGCCCUGCACAUGCAUACAGCAAACCAUGAAUUACAGUUUAAAUGACGAUGGGAGCAGGUCUCAGAUAGCAGGCUGAGUAGGGGGGCUGUAGUUCGAGUGUAUAUGCUGCUCCAGCAGGGAAUAAGAGAAGCGAUGCUCUCGUUGUCGCCCUCUGAUUGUGCCAAACAGGGGUGAUUCCUACUGAGUGUCACAAUAGGAGAUGAAUGUAUCCGCAUCAAACUCAGCGAAACAGUAAAAUGCAGUGUUAAGCAUUUACAGUAUACAUCUGUUGCACAUUCAAGACACUGAAUGUCUGGCUUUAAAUAGAAAUACCUCUGGAGGGUGAGACAGAUGUGUGUGAUUAAACACUGUGUGGCCAUCAACAUGUGUUGAAUAUGAGAGUACUGUCCAGUGAAGUGUGUAUUUCUGAAACUCACUGUUAUGUUAAUGAUAAUGUGCCUCUAGUCUUUAAACACUGGCUUGAAGCAAUAUAUUACGAAGACUGUGUGUUAUUGAAUUAGAUGUCUAUUUUGUGUAUGUAAAAUACUAAUCGCUGUUGGUUUGUCACAUUUUUCAUCCAGGUAAGAGGAAACCAAACAGCACACAUGAGGAAAUUGUGAGAUCCUGUUGAAUUCUACCAUUAGAUACUCAAAGCAAUGUGGAGCCUGUUGAACAUUAGAUGGAAACAGAUCAGUGUUAAAGAAAUAUUUUGGAAAAUAA